GCAUGGAGCAUCGUUUGAUUUGGUUUCCUCUGCUCAGAAGACCCACCCCUCGGCACAAGUCUUCGGGCCCAGCUCCCCGCCACCUCGCCCCGCCGUGCGCGCUCCAGCUCCACUCUCCUAGCUGAGCCACCCCUCCCAGUCUCCAUUCGCCGUCGGGAAGGGGAGAGAUCCGCGGAGCAGCUGAGCCAGCCAUGGUCUUCUGGCAGAAGCGCGGGUGGGGCUGCGGGUGCACCUGGACCAAGGUUGCCCUCUGGUUGGCGUUCCUGCUCCUCGCCGGGGGCCUCAUCGUCCCCUUCGUCGUCAUCAAGCCGCCGACCGCCACCGCCGACUACGGCUUCCUCACCCGCUUCGAGCUCUCCCCGUCCCCAAACUCCACGGCGAAGAAGCCGCUCCUCCAGCUCCUGUCGUACAACGCCAUGGUGCACAUUGCCCUGCCCAACCCCAACCUGUACCGGGGCAUCACGUGUCGCGCCCUCGCGGCCCUCUCCUUCAACGGCACCCGCUUCGACGAGUCCAGUGCCGUGGGGGUGGAGGACCUCUACCUCGACGCACAGGAGGAGAAAACGGUACGCCUCGAGGUCGCCGGGGUCGACCGCAAGCUGACGGCGGCCGGUGCGGCGGAGUUCGCCAGGCAGAAGGAGGCCGGCACGUUCGAGGUGGAGGUGCGGCUGGACGCGGUGGUGCGGUACGACAUGGCCCGCAAGACGUGGUGUCCCCUGGAUAUUAAGGCCUAGUUUGGUAGCAAGGCCAACAAAACCAGGGCAGCAUACCCCAGUCGAGGGAUUUUCUCCGGGCAGAUGAGAUCCCCUUCCAUCACCCGGGAGAUUUCCCUAAUCAGUGUUACCUCAUUUGGUGGCUAGAGGAUGGGGCGCCACGCUCCAGAUCGCUAGGUGGAAGUCGAUCGUGGGAGAGAGAGCGGAGGCGUGGGUUUCCUGCCAGAUCUCUGGAGUCGUGGAUUGAUCUCCCUGGGAAACAAGGUGGAUCGGGCCAGAAAAUCCCCAGGCGAUGAGCAACCAAAUGACCCGUUGGUUUUUCAGGGGCUGAUUCGUCACGUGGGUCAUGAGCCCUAGAUUUUAUAGGGGAUACCGGGGGAUCCCGCAUAACCAAAUGAGGCCUAAGGUGGCAAUAUUCCCCGUGGGGACGGUACCCACGGGGCUUUACCCAUCAUGAAGCGGGGAUGGGGGACAAAUUCACCCCAUGGGUAUUUUCUGAUGGGUACCCGUUAGUCUCGCGGGGCGGGGACGGGGAUAAAAUUUCCUCCAUGGGGACUCCAUGGAUACCCGAAAAACUAUGCCAUGCGUACUACAAAUGCACAAUAUAUAAAUUAUUAU